GCUCGGUUGGCCGCUUUCGGCUCCGUGGCGCUUCCUGCCACGCCGAGCCUGCCUGGGUCCCGAGAGCUCUACUCUUUGGAGGGCUACGCGUCAGCCGCUGCCUGGCUUGGGUGGUAUCUUACCUGCCAGACUAAUCACUCGGGAAUUGUUCUAAGAAAAGAUGAAUCACCCUUUUGUGUCACUUUUAGCUCCACCUGCUCCCCAAGGUCUUGCUCUUACCCAGGAUGGAACCCCAGGAAACCAGGUCCUGGCAGUCCCUCUUGAGGUGCCCGAGGCCCAGGAUUUGGUGCCAUUUGAUGUGGCAUGGCACUUCACAAAAAGGGAGUGGUUGAAUCUGAACCCUGAACAGAGGAUGCUGGCAUAUUACGGGAAUGUGACCUCCAUUGCAGGAGUUCCUGUGUUGAAUCCUACCUUGGUCUCACACCUGGCACAAGGACAAGUACUACUGGUCUCAGAUUCAUCCCUCGGCACAGUUCAAGCUAAACAUUCCGAAAGCACCUCUGUGACCCACCAGCUGACGAUGGGAAAAGAAGGCCAGCCUCAGGAGACGGCUUCCACGAGCUACCCCAGGACCAGUGACCCCGGUGCUGAGGUCAAACAGAAUGGGGACUUGGAUGGGAGGGAAGGGAGCCCACCAAAUCUACCCAUAGAGCACCAUUUCGCAUGUAAAGAGUGCGGGGACACCUUCCGGCUUAAAGUGCUCCUUGUUCAGCACCAGAGUGUGCACAGUGAAGAGAAGGGCUGGGACUGUGGUGAUUGUGGGGAAGUCUUCAGGAAGGUGUCAGAGUUUAAUGAGCACAGGAAAAGCCACGUGGCCAGCCAGCCUCGACCUGGCCCCAGUCAGGCCCUGGAAGAUGUCAUUGAAAAGAGGGAGCAAAUGGAGAGAGAGGCAAAGCCCUUUGCAUGUGAGGAGUGUGGGAAAAGGUUUAAGAAGAAUGCAGGCCUCAGUCAGCACCUGAGAGUGCACAGCAGAGAGAAGCCCUUUGACUGCGAGGAGUGUGGCCAGUCCUUCAAAGCCAACACGCACCUCUUUCAACACCAGAAGCUUCACACUUUGGAAAAGCCCUUUGCCUGCAAGGCAUGCAGCCGAGAUUUCUUGGAUCGUCAGGAACUUCUCAAGCACCAGCGGAUGCACACAGGCCACCUGCCCUUUGACUGCGAUGACUGUGGCAAGUCCUUCCGGGGCAUCAACGGCCUGGCCGAGCACCAGCGCAUCCACAGCGGGGCCAAGCCCUAUGGAUGCCCGCACUGUGGCAAGCUCUUCCGGAGGAGCUCGGAGCUCACCAAGCACCGGCGUAUCCACACAGGUGAGAAGCCCUAUGAGUGCAGCGAGUGUGGCAAAGCCUUCCGGCAGAGCUCCAGCCUUCUGGAGCACACUCGCAUCCACAGUGGAGAGCGCCCUUACGUGUGCGGCGAGUGUGGCAAAGCCUUCCGGGGGCCCUCCGACCUCAUCAAGCAUCGGCGCAUCCACAGUGGACUGAAACCCUAUGAGUGUGACAAGUGUGGCAAGGCUUUCCGGAGGAGCUCGGGCCUGAGUCGCCACCGGCGGAUCCACAGUGGGGCCAGACGCUGCGAAUGCAGUAAGUGUGGCCGUGUGUUCAAGAGGCGCUCGGCCCUGCAGAAGCAUCAGCCCAGCCACCAAGAGUAGACAUGCCCGCACUGUGAGAGGAACACCUCUGGUUCCUAGAGGCCAUGGCAGAGUCAAAGGAGAUGAACUGUUUUGUACCGCUUAACUCUUUUAGUGUCAGAGAGGUUGAGCCAGCUUAUACUGCCACCAGCAAUUCCUAAGUGUACACAUUUCCAUUCUGCUCAUCAAGAGAAGCUUUGCCGUUUUUACUUAGCUUGGCUUGUUCACCUGGCAGAAAGUACUGUCAAGGUGCUGUAAUCGUCAUGUCCUGAAUGAGAAGGGAGAUCUGGAUGUAGGAGCAGGGAAGGACUGGAAGUGAUCUGUUCCAAGCUCUGCCCCUGACAGAAACAAACACAGGUGCCUGACCAUGGUAUCAAUCUGAUGUGAUCCCACCCUUCUCUAAGAGAAGCUUGCCCCCAACGCUUUUUGGCCUACUUGAGUUUAUACAUUUUUAGGGAUGUAAACAGAGCACUCAAAAAUCUUAAUAUUUAAUUUAUUAACUUACUUAUACAUACAAUACCUAUUGUAAAUCACAUCCUAUAUAGAAUAAUAUAUUAAUUCAGAGAAUACUCCUUUUUACCCUGCUACAUUUUGUGAAAUCAUUUUAUUCUAACUCCCCUCAUGUGAUUUUGAACUCAUGGUCUUUGCAGACAUGAGCAUGAAUCUCUUUGGGUCAUCACACAAGUUUUAGAGCACAGCCAGUCCCUUCCAUUUGAAGCCUGUGUGGCAGCACUGUGACAAUCCCUCAUGAGACUCUCACUAGAAAUUUCCUCCUAAGCCAUAAGAACAUAAUCAGAUAGUAUUAAGACAGCUCCUAUAAGUGUAAUAUAACCACAUAAAGUGGUGCUUUUUCAAAUGACCUUUUAAAGGAUAUUUUUUUUAGCCUCUAAAACGUUAGUCCUAAGCCACACUCCUAGUAAAAGUUACGGAAUUAAGGUUAUUUCCUGCCUCAGUGUUUCUUAAGCCAAUUCACUCUGGUGACCCCUAUAGACAUCCCCAAAUAAGAGAGGCAUCUCGGGAACUCGAGAAUUGGGUGACAAUGCCCCCUUGGAAACAAGAGCCUCUACUGUUAUCUAGCCUAAAUGGUAUUUCUCCAGUCCUCCAUUUGCUGCUCUGUAAAGUGGGCAAGCACAGUACCGACCUCCUAAUGUUAUUGUGAGGACUGCCAUCACCCCUGCAGAGCGCUGCACACACCAGCACGGAGGUACACUCUAAGUUAAGGCCACAGUAACUGCUGUCAUCCUACAGCUCAUUAGUACCAGAACCGGGGAUGGAUCUCAGGCCUCCUGCCUACUAGUCUCAUCUUUCAUGCAAUGACCUCAAUACUAUUCAGUUUUCUUGCGUGCAAAUUGGAUGUACAUCUCCUUUGACUCAUUACCAAGUUAUCUUUGGAUAGAUUGACUUUAUAGAGCAGUUCUUUCUAUGUUGAUGGCGAUGUUCUUUUCCAAUUUUUAUUGCUCUGCUCUUUGUAGCGCUUCUAUUAUAUUUCUGUUGUGCAAGCAUUUGUUUUUUUUUAAUCUAUGUUAGCAUUCAUUUUUAUCUAAGUUGUGGCUGUCUUUGCUUCAGUACUUAGAUAUGACACUUUCUUCUAGAAUUUACCUACAAAUGCAAAGUUGAAUCUCUUGUCCACUGGAAGGUACAUUUUCCAGGUGGACAAUCAGGAUGAGAAUAGGCCAGAGAAGCAGGCACAUUCCUCAUCGAACAUGCAGACUGUGUACUUCUGUGGGUGGUACUCGACUAUCCAGCCUGGGCCCUGGAGGCACUCUAGAGACAUGAGCAUCACGUGCUGCCCAGAGCACACCUGAAUGCUUGUCGAUAGAAUUCUAGCCACCAACAACAGGGCUUAGUCUCACCUAUAUCAGCAGGAUGGUCUAAACUCAAGUCUGGCAGCAGCUGCCCCAUCCUUCAAGCUCCCAGGAGCCUUGGCAAUGCUGGGCAUGGACUUAGUGACUGAGCAGAUUUACUUAAAUGAGAAAUAUCCCAGACACAAGAAGAUUUGCUUACCUAAUGUCAUCACAUGGACGUCAUCCUUCUCUCGGUGAGUGACUCUGGAAAGAAACACCAGUUUAGUGUCUUCUACUUUGGACAAAGAGGGAGAAAUAUGCCCACAUGUUCCGGUAUUACUUCCUGCAGCCAAGAGAGCAGAGGCUUGAGGAGGAACUGUGUUUAUCCAGUGGCCUCCUUGUCAUGCUGAUAUGAGCUGGUUGUACUGGGCCUGGGCCAGAAUGUGCAGUUGUCAUGCCCAAGAGGGGCGACAGAGUAAGGUUCUGGAGGGCAGUGAGGCUGUUCUCACAGUCUGUGUGGCCUAGAAAUAGAAGCUGGUCAUGCUGAUGUUGGUUUGUCACUUGGGAUGACAGCAUCCCACAGAUGAAACAGCAGCCAGGGCCGGCAAUAAGCUGGCCACACCAGGGCUGUGGCAUCAAUUCCCAGCAGCUGUGCCCAUGGGGAGUACUAGAGAACUUGGACAAGAAGUAUGGCUUUCUGACAGCCCACUGAAGGAGGCACAGGGCUCCCAAGUGGGUAUAAUCUGGAAAGCCUUACUGGACACCAUUGUCCCUAGGGCCCCUGUGUCCCUAUGGAUCAUCUCCAUCCUGACCCACAGGCUGGAGGGAACCCAAGAGCCCUUGUUGAAUACUAAUUCCUUUUGCUCUCUGGACUCAGUGCUUGCAUUUUUCUCCUGCCACUUUCAUCUUUUUGAACUGUUACAUGUUUUGUACACUCAUCAUUGGGGAAGAAGUGUUGAUGUCUAUCAGGGGAAAAUCUGCCUCCUUUGCCUUGAUGGACAGACUGCCAUUUCUUGCUCAUUCACUUGUCAUUUGUCAUGGAUAAUGAAAGGUCCCAUUAGAAUCUAGACUAAAGCAUAGCCUACUGGUCAUUACUCCCAGCCAGGUCAUGGUGUCUUGGCAUCCCUUUCUACCUUGCUUCAUUUUUUGCUAGUUUUGGUUUGAUUUCUCUUAAAUCCUUUU